AUGGAUUUGAACAAACGUGCCAACUUUAUCAAAGAUCAAAUUACCAACUCCUCCUCUCUUUGUUUUGUAACUCCUUCUUUUAAAGGCUUCAAUUGUCUUCCCAAUAGUGGUAAGAAGACUCCUUUCCACUUUAACCAUAGCGGAAAGAAAAAGACACCUCUCAGGACUCCUCCUGUUGGAGUCUAUCACUCACAUUUACCUCUCCAUAAAUCCUCUCCGAAUAUGAUGAUGGUGCCAUCUCCACUCAUGAGAAAGCCCACGACUCCUCUCGCUACAAGAAACAUUGACCAAGAACAAAACAUUAGUAAUAAUAAUCAUCGCAAUCAUAGUAUGAAUAAUAUUCAACAACAACAAGGAUCAGUUCAUUCAUCGCCCUCUUCCUUUAGAUCGUUUCAAUCUCCUAAAGGAAGCACGAGUGGUGGUGGAAGGAAGAAGAAAUUCUCUGCUAUGAAUUCUCAACAACGUCAGAUGAUUCCAACCUCAAAGAAUGAGUUGACCUCUCCUCAACAAAGUCCAAUUCCAAUGAUCAUUGACAAUACAGAAUUGGAGAGAGAUUUAUUGUCUCCUCUUCCUGCACUUGAUCUCGAAAAGGAUAUGACUCCUAUUGAACCAGUCCUUGAUAGUGGUGCAGCUGCUAGAUCAUUGGAUCCACAAAGAGAUGGCGAUGCACAGGGACGAAAAUCUGGACUCUCGGACGACUUGGACAUGAUUCAUACAGUGGAAUCCUUGUCGACCGACUCUGACAGUGAAAAAUCCGAACAUUUAAUUAUUGCAGGAACGACGAGUACUUCCCCCAAGUGUCUCUCGCAAUCCUUGAUGUCUAAGGAAACGAUAAAGGCUCAUGAUGACGCUUCUUCUGAACACAUUCCAGUGGACAAGGUAGAGGCAGCAACUGACAAACCUCCUCAAACGCAAAACCCAGUGCAUCAUGAGCAAUCUGUGAACCAUGAAAGGAAGCCAUCAUGUGCCAGCUCUCUUCCAUCGUUGAACAUCCAAGUGAAGCAAGAAGAAUUGAGCGAUAAUGAAGAAGAGGUUGUGGUUGAGAAAAAACAAAAGAGACAGGUGAGAAGAAAACCAAAGACACCAAAUCAUCAUUCUGAUAAUGUUGUAUCAACCAAUCGGGCUUCAAAUUUGGUGAUUGAUUUAACGAACGACUCGGGUGAGACAAAUGUGACUGAACAAAUUUCACAUCUCUCCUUAUUCGAAAAUUGUGACAAGAUGAUGAAUGACACCACUGAAGAACCUACUCCUGUUUCUGCCGAUGUUUUGAGACCUGAAAUUAUUUUCCCAACAUUUAACAACUCUUGUUCGAGCAAUACUCAAAAUGCUGUAUCUUCUAUGAUGAAUCCUUCCUCAAUGGUAAUUGUAAAACAAGAGCCAGUAUCUCCAGUCGGGCAAUCACAACCUUUUAUACGUUCCACAUUCGAGAAGAACUGUAGCGAGUUGGAUGGUAACUUGACCGAUGAUAGCGUGCUUUGUUUGAGUGUUCCUUCUGAUUCUGAGAUGAGUGACUUGUUUGAGGACAAUGAGAAGGAUGUUUGUGUCAAGAUUAAUUUUGCCUCACCACCACUUGCUAAAUCUAACAAUAACAACAGUACAGAGAAUAGGCCAACCAUUUCUGAACUGGUGCCGUCUUCACAUCCACCUAAAAUUCCAGACUCCACAGAGGACUUGAUUUGUGAUGCACAAAAUCUCUUCUCCAAGUUUGCUUUUAGUUCCACAACAACUUCGACCGAUCUGUUGAAAUCAUUGCAAGAGAAGAUUAGUUCACUGAAAUCCAUCGAGUCACCACAAUCAUCCUAUCAUACUUCCCUCGAUCGUCCUGAGGUGACUGAAAUGAACAGACCUUUGGUCUGUGAAAUGCCCCUCAGUUCUGUCGGAAAUGUCACUGAACCUUCAACUACGGAACCAAUUCCUGAACCUGCCACUCCAACUGCUGUCGUUGGAGCUAUGGAAAAACUUGGACAACUCUCCAUUCAUAACAAGAAGGUUGAACAGUUCUUGCCAUCUCCUGGAGAAGUUCAAUUGUCUCCUCCACCAUUUGAAUCCAUGCAUCAACAACAACAAUUCGAGACUCCAGUGAAAGAAGCAAAGAGCCGAGACUUGUUUUCUUUAGCAACAAGUCAUGAUGCAUCUGCUGCUAGCGGAGCUGCACCAGAAUUGCCCACUUCAUCUCAAAUGGAAGAAUCCAUGACUCCUCUCCAUAACAGUAAUACUGAACGAAGAACUCCACCGCCAUCGGUACUCAGAGAACCUCCAACUGUUUCACAACAUGGCAAAUACAAGAUGUUGAUACCAGACGGACCAGUACCUAUCAGUGCCGUUGUGAAUGCAAUGCAAGAUGUCGACACUACACCUUUGACAUCAACAACAAACACUUCUAGUUCACUCAAUCCACCAAAUAUCACCGCAACAACACUUGCAGAGGAUGCCAUGGAGAUCUUCUCUAAGAAAGACUCGAUCAAUAUUAUUGAUGUGGAUGAACAUGAUGGGCAUGACCACAAGAGAAAAUUCCAAUCUAAAAUUUCAUCAGAUAGUAAUGAUUUGAAACGUGUCAAACUCAGUGAUGGAAAUAGACUCUCUGUGGCUUCGAUUACUUCCAUUUCGUCCGUGAGCAGUACCGCUAGCUAUGUGAGUGCAUCCUCCAAUCAUGCAGGAAGUUUCGUCUCAAACAUUUUCACUGGUGUGAAAUCAUUUGUAUUUAAGGCAACACAGAAAAAGACAUCUAGUAGUAGCAAUCAUGCAUCUAAGAAACACAAUAUUAACAGUUUGAAACAGGCAGAGUUGGCCAAGAAGAGAGAAGAAGAAAAGAAGAAUCUCAAAAAGGAGAAACUCGAAAAACAACUCGCCGCACAAAAGAAAAAGAAGGAACAAGAAGAGGAGCAGACCAAGAAACAACGACAACUCUCCAAUAAGAAUAUACCUUCUGUUGGGUCUUCAGGAAAGGCAGCUCAUGUAGAAGGAACGACACUGCGUACCAGUAACUCUUCUUCCACUGCAACAUCCUCAAGCCAAACAUCCUGUCAAUCACAACAACAGGCACCACAACCUCCUAAAAGACCUGCAGGACUCAUUCUCAAACAUACCUCCCAACCAUUAUUGCAAACAAGCAAUAACUCUGCCAACACUAAGAAACCAACACCAAAUUCUGUCUCUACAUCCUCCAUCCCAUUAUUGCAACAAUCUCAAAUGGAGCAACAGCAACAACGAUAUUCAUCCUAUGCCCUUAGUGAUGAGUAUGACAGCUCUGAAGAUGAGGAAGAAGCAAGAAAGAGAAGACAAACCAAGAAAAUACCUUCAUGGGCUCAAGGUGACAAUCUUCGACGUAACUUGAGAAGAAAUCUUCGUGUGGAUCCCGAUAAGAUUUUCUCUGUGACGAAAACUUGUGACCUUGAAGAGAUUUUUGCAGGCUCCACGAACGAAGCUGUAGUAACUCGAUUCAGACAACGUACUUCGUCAUCGAAUUGGACUGAGGAUCAUUUUACCAUUGAGGAAGAGCAAGCCUAUCGAGAGGAAAUGGGUUUUAAUUGUUGA